GACCUAAGCGAGCGCUUCUCAAAGGGUUUCACGGGAUACACAUACAACGUUUGAGGCGGAACAAGCUGACAACGCGUCCUGUCUGGUUGUCAAACCAGUCCACGAGUAUGUUUGAAGAGUAUGCUAGCAGAACGCAUUUGGAGUAAGACUGGCACCUCCGUUUAGUCUACAUUCAUUGACAAACAUGACUUUGGACUAGUGUUUUCUGUAGUUCGAGCACAUGCCCCUAAAGCCGUGCCAAUGCCGAGGAAUGGAUACUAGUGUCUCUGGCAAAGUUGGAAACAUGGUCGCAAGUGAUGAGGAGCAUUUGGGCGCGAGCGAUGGCAGUAAUGCAGGGAUGGACGCGCUCCACCAGUGCGAACUCAUCCAGAAUCUGAUCGAGAUCUCCAUCUCUAGUCUGAAAGGGCUCCGGACCAAGUGCGCCGCAUCUAACGACCUGACCCAACACGAGAUACGCGCUUUGGAGGUGAAGCUGGUGAAGUACAUCAGUAAACAAUUCGAGUGGAAGCAGAGUGUUCCAGAGAGUGACAGACCGCUGGCGCUGGACUCUUAUCCACAACUCACAGGCUGGCUCUACACCAUCAACCUCAGGCCAGAGCUAAUAGAGGCAGUCCCUGUGAAGCUGUCUCUGGAUGCUCUGCUGCAAAUGUCCAUUGCACAGGUGGAAGACACCAUGAAAAAACUGGGCUCUAGCAUUGAGGAGCGUUCCCGUAUCACUGCUGCCCUCUCUUGUCUCAAGAGCGCUACUGACACAGGGGGAGCACUUAGGAAAGACGGUAUCCCGUGGAUAGCAGAACCCAGUCACCGUGACAGUACCUCUGCUGACCCACUGUCUUCUUCUAUGCGUGCACCUCAGAUUUACAGUCCCAACCCAACCAGCUGGCCUCCUCCUUCUGCUUUCCCUGCCCCUCGUUCCUGUGUCUCUGUUUCUGCCCUACCCUCAACAGACUUCCCUACAAUCGUCCACCCACACUGUGAUGGGCUGAUGGACCCUUUUUCAUCCUCCCCUCAGCUGAACCGCUGCACCUCCGGGCUGCUGUCCACCCCUCCAGUCACACCGCCACAGAGAAGAUAUGGCAAACUAAAGCCCCCACGAACUCCACCACCUCCAUCCCGUAAGCUGCUAAACCUCCUGCCCAGCAUCACUCGCAGCAAGAGCCAGAGCCAACUGGCCAACCGGAUUGAUGACCUUACACCCAACAAGAAUGGAAAGAAAAAUAAGCCACUCCUGAACGUGCAGGUAAACGGUGGAGGAAACGGCUGGGAAGACUCGCCCUCACGGUCACCACUGUUGUCUGCCCGUUCCCCAUGCAUUCUCCCAAAUACCCCCAGUCACCUAGGAGACUCUGCAGGAGUAAGAAACAAUGUUGCAUCCCACGGAAGCUCUCCGGUAAUCAUGAGAAAGGAUAUCGGUCUGGAUGUCACACACAGGUUUUCCACCAAGUCCUGGUUGUCUCAGACGUGUCAGGUGUGCAAGAAGAACAUGAUGUUUGGUGUUAAAUGUAAACAAUGCAAGGUGAAGUGCCACAAUAAAUGUACCAAAGAGGCCCCAAAGUGCAGGAUUUCAUUUGCACAAUUUCCAAACAAGAUCAGAAGAACAGAGUCAGUACCGUCGGGUAUCAAUAACCAGGUGGAGCAACCAGCAGAGUCUCAGUCUCAGUACGGAACAUUACCGAAGGCAAUAAACAAAAAGGACCACCCUCCAUCACUGAGUCACCUGGACUCCAGCAGUAACCCCUCCUCCACCACCUCCUCCACCCCCUCCUCACCUGCCCACUCCAGUCAGAGCAACCCUCCAAGCGCCACCCCGCCACCCAACUCCUCCCCUAAGGGUCACAUUGACAGUCGCUUUCACUUCCCAGAUGUAUCCAGUUCUAUGCAUUCGGACGGAGGUUACAACACCACCAGAGAAACAGAUCAUUUGGAUGGUAAUGUCAACCAGCUGUCAACAGGCCAAAGAGAAGCUGUGGAUGAGGAGCAGCAAGGGGACGACGGUCAGGAUCAGGAAGGUUCGGACGAUGAAAGUGAAGGUGAUGAAGUGGAUGACCUGCCCAACUGCAGGGGCUACUGGAAGGACCACAUAAGCCGUAAGGCCAGCCAGACCAGUGUUUAUCUGCAGGAGUGGGAUGUGCCUUUCGAGCAGCUGGAGCUCGGAGAGCUGAUCGGUAAAGGCCGCUGGGGGAAGGUGUGUAGGGGCCGCUGGCACGGAGAGGUGGCCGUUCGUUUGUUAGAGAUUGACGGUAACAACCAGGAGCACCUGAAGCUGUUCAAGAAGGAAGUGAUGAACUACCGGCAAACGCGACAUGAGAACGUCGUGCUGUUUAUGGGGGCCUGCAUGAACCCGCCCCAUCUGGCCAUUAUCACCAGCUUUUGUAAAGGACGGACGCUCUACUCAGUUGUCAGGGACUCGAAACUUGACAUCAACAAGAUAAGACAAAUCGCUCAGGAAAUCGUAAAGGGAAUGGGUUACCUACACGCAAAGGGAAUUGUGCACAAAGAUUUGAAGUCCAAGAACAUUUUUUACGAUUCAAACAAAGUUGUCAUCACAGAUUUCGGUCUGUUUGGGAUGUCUGGAGUGGUCCAGGAGGACAGGCGGGAAAAUGAACUGAAGCUGCCCCAAGGGUGGAUCUAUUACCUAGCUCCAGAGAUCGUGCAAAAGAUGGGACCAGGAAACCAAGAAGACUGCUUGCCCUUUUCUAAAGCUGCUGAUGUUUACGCUUUUGGCACUAUCUGGUAUGAACUCCAGGCCAAAGAAUGGCCCAUCAAGAACCAACCAACUGAAGUUUUGAUCUAUCAGCUGGGAAGUGGAGAAGGCAUCAGAACAUUACUAGCCCAGAAGGGUACAAGCUUAGGCAAGGAGGUUACGGAGAUCGUGUCAGCGUGCUGGUCCUUUAAGGUUGAGGACAGACCAACAUUCACUCAGCUGUCAGACUUACUAGAGAAACUGCCAAAGCUCAAUCGUAGACUCUCACACCCUGGGCACUUCUGGAAGUCUGAGGAGUAUGUAUCCUAGGCUGGAAUGCUAGCAUGCUGCGGAUCCCCCUUUUUUAGGGGGUAUAGUACAUGGAGCAUGAAAACUAACUGAUUAUUUGGAGCCGACAUGUGCAUUGUUUUGUUUGUUUGUUUGUUUUUCCCUCUAUUCUGAGCCUUCUUAAUUUUACACCAUUGGAUUUUUAGUGUAGCGAGUGUCAGAGGGAUGCUGUGCCAUUUUAUAUUUUGGUCAAACCUGAUAUCAUAUGGUGCAGAAAAUAACAGUAAGUGACAGUAAUGUGAGUGUUUUUCUGCUACCCACGUUUUUUGCCUGUUAUGAAUGAUUGGUCUGGUUUGCAAAUAUG